CGCUUAAAUUAGGACCGAGCCUUCUCCCACCAUCACAAACAACAUGGCAGCGUCCUUCAGUGCGUGACUUAAAUCACCGUAGGCAGUUUAUUAAACUCUUCGGUGUGAUGAGAGGAAUCUGACAGCGCUGCUUAAUCCUGUAAACGAGUCGGAAAUCUCGCCCACCUGCCGCCGGAAUGUCAGGGACGUUGGAUGGUGCUUGGACUUGCACCGAAGCCUGGCUUUUGGCUGCAUGGCAGAACCGACUGUAUGUGUACUCUGCUGCAGCAGUUCUUAUUGGAUUAUGGUUUACAGUAAACAUGGCAUUGAAAAAGAAGAAACUGGACGUCCCAGAAAGCCACCGACUUGACAAACCUGAGAAAAAGAAGGAACAGCUGCCUGAGAAAGAGAAAGCUGUCCAUGUUGUAGGAGUAAGGAUCUUCUAUGGCUCACAGACGGGAACUGCAAAGGGGUUUGCCAGAGAGCUUGCUCAAGAUGUCUGUGCUGCUGGUUUCCAGUCUGAGGUGAUUGACAUGAGCGAUUAUGAUCCAGAUGACCGACUGUCCGAUGAGUGCACUAGCAAAAUGAUCUGUGUGUUCCUCGUGGCCACGUACACCGACGGAAAGCCUACAGAGAACGCUGAGUGGUUCUGUAAAUGGCUAGAAGAAGCUUCCACUGACUUCCGCUAUGGGAAAACUUACUUAAAAGGAAUGAGAUAUGCGGCCUUUGGGCUGGGGAAUUCAGAGUAUGUCGGCCACUACAACACGGUGGGCAAAAACGUGGACAAGUGGCUGUGGGCUCUCAGUGCCUCGCGGGUCAUGGGAAGAGGGGAGGGCGACUGCAACGUGGUGAAAAGCCGCAACGGCAGCGUGCAGGCUGACUUCCAGGCCUGGAAGACCAAGUUCAUGAGCCGCUUGCAGGCCCUGGCCCGUGGAGAAAAGAAGACGUGCAGCGGAAAGUGCAAGAAAGGCUCCUGCAAGAAUAAGAAGAAGCACCAGCAGGGAACAGAGGAAGGUCACCCGUCUCCAGAGAAGCACAGCUCAGAGGAGUUGUUCGAGUCCAGCAGUGAUUCGGAGUCUGCAGCUGAGGAGGAGAAGGAACAUGGCUCUGUCAUUGACAUGGAGGAUCUUGGGAGCGUCAUGAGCGUCAUUAAAAAAGCCAAGAAACAGGGCGAGGAGGAGCAUCGGGGGAAACUGUCCAAACUCAAUGGAGUGAUGAAGACGGAUGUAGAGGAGGAGAGGAGGGAGAUGAUCACGCCUGCUCUGAGAGAAGCGCUCACUAAACAAGGAUAUAAACUAAUAGGGAGUCACUCUGGAGUGAAACUUUGCCGGUGGACCAAGUCAAUGCUGAGAGGCAGAGGAGGGUGCUAUAAGCAUACUUUCUAUGGGAUUGAAUCUCAUCGCUGUAUGGAGACUACUCCAAGUUUGGCCUGCGCCAACAAGUGUGUUUUUUGCUGGAGACACCACACCAACCCUGUGGGUACUGAGUGGCGCUGGAAGAUGGACCCAGCCGAGAAGAUCCUAAAGGAGGCGGUGGAGAAUCACCAGAACAUGAUCCGCCAGUUCAGAGGUGUCCCCGGUGUACGGCCUGAGCGUUUUGAGGAGGGCUUGUCCGUGAAGCACUGUGCUCUGUCUCUGGUGGGCGAGCCCAUCAUGUACCCAGAGAUCAACUCCUUUCUGCGCCUUCUCCACCAGCGCCACAUCUCCAGUUUCCUCGUCACCAACGCCCAGUUUCCUGAGGAGAUCAGGAGCCUGGUGCCGGUUACCCAGCUGUACGUCAGUGUGGACGCCAGCACUAAAGACAGUCUGAAGCGGAUUGACCGUCCCCUCUUCAAAGAUUUCUGGCAGCGUUUCCUGGACAGCCUUGGAGCCCUCGGAGAAAAGCAACAGCGCACAGUGUAUCGGCUGACCCUGGUGAAGGCGUGGAAUGUAGAUGAACUGAAGGCCUAUGCUGAGCUUAUAGCCUUGGGCCAGCCUGACUUCAUAGAGAUCAAGGGAGUGACCUACUGUGGUGAAAGUUCAGCCAGCAGUCUGACCAUGGCCAAUGUGCCCUGGCACGAGGAGGUCGUCCACUUUGUGCAGCAACUGGCCGACAUGCUGCCAGACUAUGAAAUUGCCUGUGAGCACGAGCACUCCAACUGCCUGUUACUCGCCCACCACAAGUUCAAGGUGGAUGGAGAGUGGUGGACGUGGAUCGACUACGAGCGCUUCCAGGAGCUCAUCCAGCAGUACGAGGAGAGCGGCGGCACCAUGACCUUCUCGGCUCUAGACUAUGUGGCCAAGACACCAGGCUGGGCUGUGUUUGGAGCAAGAGAAAGAGGGUUCGACCCUUCAGACACACGCUUCCAAAGGAAAAACAAGACCAAAGAUAUCUCAGGGUGCUGAUGGACAGCAUUCCUGCAGUUGUCCCACUGUUUUUAGCAUCUGUAUUAGAAGUCUACUUUAUAUAGACUGCAUUUAAAGACCUGUUUGAGGUCAUACUACCCCCAGUCUGGAUUGGUCUUUGUUUUAUUUUUGUUGGUUUUGUUUGCUUUGUUGGUUCAUUUGUUUCCUCUCCACCUCAGGAGAUCGAUCAGUCUAGCAUGUCAUAAAUUCUUCUUAAGACAUGUCCUCUGUACACAAGGUCCACACAGCUGCUCAAAAUUUCCUAUUUACGCUCUUCUCAGAAAUGUCAGCUGUUUGAUUUUGAAACCUGGUCACGGUCACUCGCAGCUGCGCCGGCUGAAUGCACCGAGGAGUGGACAUGCUCUGCAGUAACCCACAGUAAUUCAGCUUCACCAUCUCUCACUCCCACCUCUGCCCUUAUACCGCUGAUCCAGGUCCUUAUUAUCCUCAACGGUCACCCGCAGAGCCUCCGAGCAGUCGGCCUACAGCUACACACACACACACCAUGCAGAGAAGGUCUAGCUUUAGUCUGGUGGGAGCUUUGAAGAAAAAAAAACUCACAUUUAAUUAGAAUGUAGCUUCAAACACUGGCUAUUUCUUCUCUGUAGAAUUAAGGGUAACCAUGUCAAACGGCUUUAGGAAAGUUCUAGAUAACAUACGUUAAGAAAUGAAAGCCACUGAGAUGCACACACCACAGUUCCUUGAAACUGUCUAGCUCCCUGCAGAUCACAGUGAGUUCUGAUGUGGUUUUAACACAGUCCACGUUGCUGAAUUUCUACUGUGAAUGCAAGAGCAUCUUCAUGUUUUUUACUGUUUUUAUUUUUGUUUUGUUUUGCUUUAAUUAGGGGGUUUCUUUGGUUUCUUCAUUUGUGUGGGACAUAAACACUUUGGUUUGAGAUUACUGCUGCAACAAUUCCAUAAGGCUGUUUUUAGAUGAUUGAAAUGGAAAGCACAUUUUAACUAUUUGUAACAGGAGGAGACCGGAGUGAAUAUAGUGCCUCUUUGGAUGCUGAAUAAACUCUGUCACUGUUGUUUGUGUGGGGCUGCUGCUGAAUGGCGCUCAAUGUUUUCUUCUAUAAAGCAACAAGAUUAAACUGGGUAAGUGGACAUGGUGCAUGCAAAGGUUAGAAGUCCUUAAUGCACCAUCUCCCAGUAACUCUC